AUGGUUCUGUUUUUUGCCCAAACUCAAUUCCUGUACGAAUAUCCAGGCGUCGCUCUGGCAAAUACGCAGGACAAAACUGAGGUUCCAGUCAUCGAUAUGCCUUCGGAUAGAGAGAAACAGAGAAUUUUGAGAGAGAGAAGGCAGGCCAAAAUGGCCAAGGGGGGUGCUUCCGAUAGGCUCAACAAGAUCUUGUCCCAAGGAAGUUCGGUCAAGACGUCUGCUGUGUCGGUUUUGGACCAACCACAACCAGCAGACCAUGAUCCAGAAGGCAUGGAUAUUAGCACUAUUGCGUCCAAACCAACGCCAGAACCAGAGCUUGAUAUCGAUGCCAUGUUAAAUCUGGUCUUGGGAGGGAAUAUGGGAGCUGGAGGAGCCGCCAAUGGUGAUCCAGGCUCGGAUCCAUUCACUCAAAUGAUGAUGAAUAUGAUGCAAGGAGGAGGACCCGAAGGAAUGCUUGGUCAAGAAGGCGGGACAAACCCCAUGUCAGCCAAUAUGGAGUACCAGCAACAACUCAUUGCGUAUAAUCUCUAUCAACAACGGAAAGUCAGACACAGGUUUCUCGUGGUGCGCAUGGUGAGCAUACUAGCCAACUUUGUGUAUCAUUUUUUGACUAUAUCUGACUUUUCGUUUCUGCCCUCGGCCAACCCGUUCAUCAGAUCGAUACCUCCAACUUCCUCGGUCAGCAGUUUUUUUCAAAUCUUUGUCGCUAUUGAGGCGGUGUUGGUAGCCGCUUAUAUCGCAGCAUCGAGAAACGUUCCCAGUAAUAACAACGGACUUUUGGUUAAGGGGAUAUCUAUGGCAGCUAUGUUUGUGCCUAAACUUCAACGGUUCCAGCCACUCAUCAUGAAAAUUAUUGGGUGCUGGGACACAGUAACAUUUGUGCUCAAUGAUUUGGGAUUAGUGGUGUUGUUAUUCGGGUUGAUAAGUUUCCGUAGAUAA